AUUUAAUUGAAAAAAAAAUACAUAACGUAACUUAAUUGAGUUGAAAAUAUCAUUAACUUGCCCAGCUUUGCCACGAUAUAUACUAAGAUAGGGAUUGCAACCUCAAGGUUUAUAGAUUAUAAUUAUAAUCUCAUAUUAUAACGAGAUACCGAACUCUGGUGGCUGGUGCUUGACACACCGGCAUUCAGCAGUCGGGCCCAACAACCGAGUGUGAGAAUAGCUAUUCCGUAUCAUUAUUAUACAUUUAUAAGUGAUUCGUCGGCGUUCACGAUGGACCUACGAUCUAAAGUUUCAAUAGAGAUGAAUUCAACAAAAAUCAAAGGCAAUGGGUUCGAGAUAAACUACUUUAAAGGUGGAAACGGACCGAAGAAAUUGUUGAUAUUUCCUAUAGCACUAGGUCUAGUUAGUGAUUUUGCUUCGCUGGCGGAAAACCUCGAUGGUGAAAAAUAUACGAUAUACAUAUGUGAUCCUAUAGGUAACGGUUUGAAUCGACCACUGAACAGAGAUUUUUCACCGGGAUUUUUGUACCGCGACGCUGAUUAUGCCAUUGCGCUUAUGGAGACGUUGGGUAUCGACAGAUAUUCGAUGUUGGGCUGGUGCUACGGCGGGCGCACCGCAAUGAUUGCAGCGUCCAGGGCUGCAGAUCGGGUCGACAAGCUGGUGGUAUGGAACUGCAGCGCUUACGUCACGGCCAAAGACCUCGAGCAAUACGAGACGAUACGCGACAUCCACAGAUGUUCUGAAGCUUUUAGACUUCCACGAUUCGUAAUGUACGGCGAGAAGUACGUGUCGGACACUUGGUCCAGAUUGGUAGACGCUUACCGGAAAAUUCUCGACGAUGACGACGGUGACGUGUGCCGCGGCGAACUAGCCAAGAUCAACGCGCCCACGCUUAUUCUGCACGGAGCAAAGGAUGUGCUCGUACCGGUCGAGCACGGUGUAUAUCUGCACGAAAAUAUCAAACACUCGACACUUGAAAUAUUUCCAGAAGGUGGGCAUACCAUGCAUAUGAAGUACCCUGAAAAAUUUGUUUCGAUAGUGGAUAACUUCCUUUCUUCUAUUCAGUAGUGCAUAGGUAACCACAAUCACUUGCCAUACAUUUAUAAGCUAUAUUGUGAAUGAAUUAAUAUCGCAAGAAGUUAGUAUACGUGUUGAGUUAUCGUAAACUAUAAUGUUAUAACUAAAUGUUCUGUGGUAUUAGUGUAUUACAUUAUCUAACCACUAUGAAUACCUAAAUAGAUUGUUAUACUCUAUAAAAUCAAUAAUAAUAAGCCAUGACAAAUUGACUGACUGAAUGAUCAUCGCCUAAUCGGAACCGUCUAUGCUUUGAGUAUGAAAUUUGGUCAGAUAUAGUUUCAUUUUAUGAUGUAGAGUCCCACUAAGAAGGGAUUUUCUAAAAUCCACCUCUUAAACAGGUCCUCAAACAUUGAUUUUGAGAUACAAGGUGGAAAUUGAAUUUUUUAUUUAUAAAUCGUUGCCAUUGGUUACUCUGCAGGCAGAUUAGGUGACACGCGUGUAAUAAAUUGUCGCAUCACAUAGACUCGUUUAAAGAAACUGUAUUAUAUUAUUAAACCAAAUGCAUGUGUGUGACUUAUAUACUCAAAAACAGGACGUUUGAAUAUAAAAAAAACUCAAAGAUCGUUUUUUGGGACAUCAGUAAA